AAUUGUUUCAGCCUGUGCUUCUCUCCACAACAUUGCCUUGGAGGCAGGCGAGCCGGUGUUUGACGAGGACGUCGACAGCGGGGAAAUGCCAGGCCAGGACGAUGCAGAGCUGCCACAAGCCUCGCAGGCGCUGCCGUCCUUGCAGGAGAUCUACCUCAGGGGCAGGCAGCAGCGCGAUGCCGUCGUCAGCCUUUUCUAAUGUGUCCAAGACAUGCCUGGCGACAGCACACGAUCACCAGCACAGGACUGGACCCUGGAGGCUGGCCCUGCCCCUGAGCUCUGCGAGAAUGGCCUCCUGCGCAUCAGCCGCCCGCUCCGCAGCCUCCGCCUUUCGCCGCAGCAGGGCCGUGUUGCGUUCCGCGGCUAUGGCGAGCCGCUCGAUGGAAGAGCGCAUGGCCUCGGCCACCUGAACUCAUUGUGUGGACAACCAUGAA